CAGAAAAUAACCACUAUUUUACUGUUACCUUAAUUCAUCCAAUGUCAUCUUAUUCAAUUCAUCUCAUCUCAAAUUAUUCAAUUUCAUCUCAUUUCGUUUCAUAUCAUUUUUCAUAUUGUAACAGAAAAUAAGAAGAAAAAUGGCUUUGGCGAAAGGGCUCGUUAUCAAGUCAUAAAAUUAUCAAAAAAAAACUAGUACCUAAACCAAAGCCGUCUAAAAGGUAAAAACCAGUCAACGUCAUUGACGCAUGAAAAAGUGACAAAAAUGGUGCCCGUUUACCAGCUGGCAGUGGCUAUCAUUGUCUGAUGAAAAAAAUCAACCCUUUUGUUGUAAUAUACAUUUGGAAUGGCGUCUGUUUUAGAAUUAGUUAAAUACUACCAACAUAGUCUGGAAAAGAAUUCUCACGACGAACCGAAAAUUUUAAAAUGCAUAGACAAACUGAGUCACUUAGAUGUGACAGUUCAACACUUACAAGAAACAGGUAUAGGCCGGACUGUCAAUGCAUUACGAAAAGAACCAGGAGAUGUUGGUCCUGCAGCCAGGGCUCUUGUUUACAAGUGGAAAGCAAUGGUAGCAGCUGAAUCAAGCGAUAAUGAGGGGGAGUCAAAUACAGAAAACACUCACAAUGGGCAGAGAAAUGAUAAAGAUAGAGAACCUGAUAAUAGUCAAUACACUAAAAACCAAUCUGAACAUCGGGAAAGCAUUUCAACUGCGCCUAAAACAAAUCAACAAGUUCACAGAGAUAUGAAUGGCCACCAUGGUGGCAGCAAGAGGAAAAGCCAUAGCAGUGAGGAAGAAGAGCCCGACCACAAACGUUCAAAACAAACAAGUCAUAGUGAUGAUAAUUACAAGAAACAUUCUGAUGCACGAGAACAAAAUGAUGAGAGCGAAAGCGACAGUUACGAAUCUGACGAUUCUGAAAGUGACGAUAGCGAGUCCGACUCUUCGGAUUCCUCUGUUGAAGAAGUAAAGGUUAAAGAAGAAAUUAAUAAAACACGGUCUGACGAGAACAAACUAUCAAAACAUUCUUCACACAACAACCACGUAGACCACAAAAGGGAAACCUCAAGCUCAAAGAAGCAACACGAGGCUGACCCCAAACAUACCGAACAUCAUAACUCGAAGUCGAAGCGCAGGCAUUCGCCAGAAACAUCGUAUGAAAAAUCACACCACUCUCAUAGACACAAAAGCUCUAAGGAAAAAGAAAGCAGCAGCAAAGAAGCAAAACAUAAAUCAGACACAGAUAAACAUUCAGACCAUUCACAGAGUAAAGAUUCGAAAACGGGCAAAUCAUCAAGCAGUCAUCACAGUUCAUCGGCAUCAAGUAGGCAUCAUAGCUCAGACAAACACAAGUCUAGUUCCAGCUCUCAAAAACAUCAUAAUGAAGAACCGAAAAUCAAACCUGAAAGACAUUCCAGUCAUUCAGACAAGCACAGAAGUUCCAGUGAGUCAAAAAGCGCAGAAAGGAAUAAGAGUUCGUCUGAAAAAGAUAUUCCGAAACACAAAUCAUCAAAAGAUAAAAGUAGCAGUAAAGAAACAUUUAGUAGUAAAGAUAAAGACAGACAUAGUUCCUCUAGCAAGGAAAAGUCAAGAGAAAAAAGUAAUUCUAAGGAUAAAUCGAGCACCAAUAGUAAUGAUAAGAAGCAUUCGUCUUCAAGUGAUAAACACAAAUCAAGUAAGAGCGAAAGCAAAUCGUCAAAGAAUGAAGAGAAGAGUAGUGAAAGUAAAUCUAAACAUAAGUCAAGUUCCUCGUCGGAUCACAAAAGUAGUAAGAAUAAAAGAAAAGAAGAACCAGAACCAAAGAAAAAGGCCCGUUUAACCGACGAGGACAGUGACGAUGGCAUCGACUGUGAAUCAGGUGCGAGUUUUGCUGAAGCAUUGGGCAUGAUCAGUCCAGCGAAACCGAAAAAGAAAUCGUCACAAUUGAAAGACAGUAUAUCUCCUAACAACAUAUUCGGUAACGAUAUGAGUCCGGCGGCUAUGUUGGCUCCGACUGCAAAAUUGGCGCCUUUGCCGGCAUUAGAAAUAUCUGCACUACCAGAGAUAUCGCCGAACUACAAGCCCCGACCGCCUCCUAAAUUUAUGUUCAAUUUCACAGACGAGGAGGCCUUAAGUGCAGGAAUAUCAUCGAAAAACCAAAGAACCAAAGUGUAUUCCGGGAAUAAGGUCAUAGGAAAAAUACCAACUCUGUAUGAGAUAUGCGUUAACAUUCUCCAAGAGCACAUUGACGCACUGGAGUACACAGGCGGUGUGCCAUAUGAAAUAUUAAAGCCUGUGGUAGACAGAGCAACUCCGCAGCAGUUAUUCACACUAGAACAUUAUAAUCCUUACCUCAUGGAGGACACGGACCAUCUCUGGCAGAAGUUCUGUGAGAAAACAUUCAGAAACAAAAAGAGGCAAGAAAUGGAGACGUGGAGAGAGAUGUUCAUGAGAUGUCAAGAAGAACAAGAACACAAAUUGAAGUCUCUGACGGCAAACAUAAAAAUAGCGCAGGAAGCGAAAAAGGCUCCGAUUAAACAGACAAAAAUGGCGUACGUUGAUAGCGUCGUUAAGCCUCCCCGAAAUAUUGCCAGAAAGCAAGCGGUGCACGGCACGGCGCGCACGGCAAGCGCCAGUCCGGCGGCGCGCGUGGCCGCGCUGGCGUCGUCCGCCAACGUGAUGAAGGUGGGCGCCGUGCGGCCCCCGCCCGCCGCGCCUGUCGCCUCCUCCGCACUCAACAAGCCCAAGAAGGCGCCGCUGAUGCAGAAGGCCCUGCAGUUCAUGCGAGGCCGCAAGCGAUGAUGAACGUUACCGCUAGUCUAGUUUCUUCUACAUUUUGUAAGUAGGUUUCUCUUCGGAUCAGCUGCGGGAUAUGUCGUAGUGUAAAUGUAUGAAUUAGUGUUCUUUUUUUUUUAAGGGAUUUUAUGACCUGGUAACUAAGACCUUUAGGUCAAAAUUAGUGUUCAUAUAGCUCUGAUGACUACAAAUGUUUUUUUUAAUUAUCGGUUUUAUUAUUCAUUCGUUCGAAACCUCUGGGAGCGGCACUUAAAAUUUUAAUUACAAUUUUAAAAUUAGUAACAUAAGUGUAAAGUCCCGUUCUGACAUUCACUAUAAACUUAGUGUUGUAUUUGUUUAGAAAAUUAUUUCUUUAUAACGUAUUAGAUUUAAAUUUCAUAGAUAUAAUUAUAUAGCGUUUUAACGUAACGUAGUGGAAACUUUACAAGUAUACUAAUAGUAAACCAGUAGAGUAGCCGGUCUUUUUGGAGAACAUUAAAAAAACUGUAUACGAGGCAAAAGUCUGUAAAUUAAUUUCACGGUAUGUAUUCAGUUACUUAAAAUUUUUAUUUCGCAUCGUAACAAAUAUUACGAAUGUCAUAAGUAAAAUUAAUAUUAUACGUUUAAGAAAAAAAAAUGAAGUAGAAUUAACAUUUUUGUUUCAUAGAUAAUGAAGUGUACUCUCGCGUAACACGACAGCACUAUAAGCAUUUUGGGAAUUCACUGCUCUAUGGUUCUUUACUUGCACAUAUUAAACUUUCAAUCACAAUGAAAUCAGAAAACACCGAAAUGCUUAUAAGGCGAAUGAUACCAGCAUACUAAUAUACGAGAAAUGUGGUAGUGCGUACUUUAUCGACAUGAAUACAAAUUUAAAAAAUUUCCAAUAGACAAAGGCUUUGGAUUCAUUUACCGCCAAUAUUGUAUCGACCUUCAUCUUGUACUUCAGUACUUGGAAUUGAGUUCGGUUGUUUUGCAAAAAGCUACGGCAACGAAUUCAUUUACGGGCUUUUAGCCUCAUGAACCACAUAUCCAAACCGCCAUAUUUUACCAGCGAUUGCUCUUAAAUAAUUACUAAAGUAUAUAAAUAUAAAUAGCUACAGGAACUUUGAACUUAUAACAAUAAUCAUUUAAUGAUGUGUGGAUGAUGAAGCUGAUUAUGUAAAAGUUGUAUCCGUGCAGUGAGCGAGUGGUCUCAUUAUGUGAUGUAUAGGCGAGGUCGCAAAAUAAUAUCUAAAUAAUAUCUAGUGUUCACUGAAGGUCAGCUUGUUAAAUGUGUCAGAACCAGAUUCAAACAGUAAUGCCGUUUCGAAAUUGUAAUGUGAAGUUGUCUUGUAAAGCAAUUUAAUCUUGAUUUUUAAGCAUUACCAAAAUUAUAAAUUUUAUUUUAGGAUAAUGAUUUUAACUUGCCGAAAUAAAGAAUAAUAGAAAUAAUAUAUCGAGGCGCGAUUUAAAUGAAUGUGUUACGUUACGAUUUGUAAGUCGCCAUCGAAUUUGAAUUUACAAAAUGAUGAAAAAAAUCAUUCAGUUCAUUUCAAGUCAUAAAGAAAUAAUAAUAAUUAGUGUCAGUGUCAUAGAAUUCCUAUGUGGAUAUUACAAAUAAACAUUGCUCGUUAAUAAACAAGGAAGUGAAUAGCAAGGUUGAACUUCAUUAAAAUUCAUCACGAGCGGAAUUUACCGGAACAUUUUACGUUAGUACUUUGGAUACCUCUGAUAUUGGACAUCACCGAUUGAUUUAAUAUAAAAUAACAACGGGGGGUUCGAAAGUGAUCACCACUGCGGUGAACUGACGAAAUUUUAGUGAUGCAUGUACUCGAUCGACUUUGACAUUUGUGGCUGUGCGAGUAUGGAUGUUGUUUGUGAGCGCUCGUUAUUGAUACUUUAUUUCAUUAUUUCUUUUUAUAACUAUAAUUAUGAAUGUUCAUUGUCAUUUUACGAUUUAUAUUUGAAGAAAUUUGUUCCUGUUUUAAAACCAAAAAAAAAUAAGCGGUGUACAAAAAUUUAUGUAAAAUAGAACAAAUUUUAUUGUUUCGAUGUGUGUGUAUCUUGUGUUUGUUAGCUUUUAAGUUACAAUUAUGUACGGCGUGUCAAUGUUUUGUACAUUACGUAUGUUUUAUACAGUUUGUAUGGAAUUUGUUAUUUUCAUAGAUUUUCAAACUUCUUGAGUUUAGGACAUAUUUUUUUUGGAAUGCUGUGAUAAUGUACUUUUAGCAGUGUGGGGAAGUCUUUAUGAAUGUCAGUUUUUUUUUUAAAUCGAUCGAUAAUGAUGAUAAUCACAAUCUAUAAAAUAUUUGUUUUGUAAAAUUUUAAAAAGUAGACCCAUUAAGGAAACAAAAUAAAAGCAAAUGUUUCGA